AACAUUUUAGCGUCCUUUUUAUCGGGAAAGCCGCAUAUUUUUGCUGCGAAGCGGAAAUUUACAGAAAAAUUACUGUAUUUUCACAUCGACUUAGUGCAGAAAAGCUGGCAAGAUGGAUAUCCGACCAAAUCACACCAUUUACAUCAACAAUCUGAACGAGAAAAUCAACAAGGAGGAGCUGAAAAAGUCCCUGUACGCUAUCUUCUCCCAGUUCGGUCAGAUCCUCGAUAUCGUCGCGUACAAAACGCUGAAAAUGCGUGGCCAGGCAUUUAUCAUCUUCAAAGAAAUCUCCAGCGCAACGAACGCGAUGCGCACGAUGCAAGGCUUCCCGUUCUACGACAAACCGAUGCGCAUCAACUACUCCAAAACCGACAGUGAUAUGAUCGCGAAGCUGAAGGGCACGUUCCAGGAGCGGCCGAAGCGCGUGAAGCAACCGAAACCGGUACAGACGGAGGACAAGAAGGCGAAGAAAUUGAAAAACGCCGGCGAGGUCGGUGCGACAAACAAUUCGGCCACGGCGGAACAGCCACCGAACCAAAUUCUGUUCCUCACGAACCUGCCGGAGGAAACGAACGAGAUGAUGCUGUCGAUGUUGUUCAACCAGUUCCCGGGCUUCAAGGAGGUGCGCCUGGUACCGAACCGGCACGACAUUGCGUUCGUGGAGUUUGCGACCGAGCUGCAGAGUGGCGCGGCGCGAGAAGCACUGCAAGGAUUCAAGAUUACACCGACGCACGCGAUGAAGAUAUCGUUUGCGAAGAAGUAAGCGUGCGCUUUUGUCCCGAACUGUGGAGGGGAAUAGGCAGCCGGUUCUUAUCACCCGUGGAUCAUCGGAGUGUCGAUGGAGCCACAGGUAAAUUUGAUAAUGUACAAUUGAACAUUACUGAACUGAUUGCAAUAAACCAUGGCAUUAAGCAUUGCACUUCCGCUAUAUCAUGGUAUUGUCGGUUUGGUGAUUGCUUAGUAUUUGGAACUGAA